CAUUCGCGUUGCUCCGUGACGUGAAGCGCAUUCUUCCAAUGGCGAAUUGAGAGUGAGAAUGGAGCUUGACUGUGUCUGCAGCAAAGAAGACGGAACCCAGCGCUGUGAUUAUGAAGCAGUGACCAAAUAGCCAGUGCGCUCCUUGAUGGUUAAAGGGGUAACAUGACGAGGACGGAAUAAAGACGAAGGCAACGAAUACGGAGGGACAUGAAAGAGAGUUCCGCGCAGCCGGGAGGCGUUGGGAUUUUGGAACCGGUAUCGCCGUGAGAGACCCCGAGGGAGCCACUUCGGCAGAGGCGGGCGGAUUGAAGGAGAGCCAGAAGGGGCUCUUUCUGCGGGAAUGGCAGGACGUAGCCGGCGAGCCUGGUUCAGCGUGCUCUUGGGGCUAGUGGUGGGCUUCACGUUGGCUUCUAGACUCAUCCUUCCCCGAGCCACCGAUUUGAAGAAGAUCGCCUACAAGCGCCGAGUCAAUACGGGCUCCUGUGGAGCACUGGGGGGUCUUCGGAGGGACGUGUUGGGCUGGCCAUCCCGGGACAGCCCGGUGCGGACCUCGGCCGAACCGCUACCCCGCUCGAGAAACUUUCUCUACGUCGGGGUUAUGACGGCACAGAAGUAUCUGGACAGCCGGGCUUUGGCGGCUUACCGGACGUGGGCUCAAACCAUUCCUGGGAAAGUGGAAUUUUUUUCCAGCGAAGGCUCAGACUUGUCUGUUCCAAUCCCUAUUGUAGCACUGAAGAAUGUGGAUGAUUCAUAUCCGCCCCAGAAAAAGUCCUUUAUGAUGCUUAAAUACAUGCACGACCACUACCUGAACCAGUAUGAGUGGUUCAUGCGAGCUGAUGAUGAUGUCUACAUCAAGAGCGACAGGCUGGAGAACUUUUUGCGUAGCCUAAAUAGCAGUGAGGCCAUUUUUCUAGGGCAGACUGGCAUGGGUGCCAGAGAUGAACUGGGAAAAUUAGCACUUGAACCAGGUGAGAACUUCUGCAUGGGUGGGCCUGGUGUUAUCAUGAGCCGUGAAGUCCUUCGCCGGAUGGUGCCUCAUAUUAAAGAGUGUCUGCAAGAAAUGUACACCACGCAUGAAGACGUGGAAGUGGGACGUUGCGUCAGACGCUUUGCUGGAGUGCAGUGUGUCUGGUCAUAUGAGAUGCAGCAGCUGUUUUAUGAAAACUAUGAACCAAACAAAAAGGGUUAUAUCAGAGAUCUUCACAACAGCAAGAUCCAUAAAGCCAUUACUCUUCACCCUAAUAAAAAUCCACCCUACCAGUACCGGCUUCACAGUUAUAUGCUGAGCCGCAAGAUUGCUGAACUCCGCCACCGUACCAUACAGCUGCACCGUGAGAUUGUUCAAAUGGGCAAGUACAGUGGUACGGAGGUACGAAAAGAUGAUGUGCAGCUGGGAAUCCCGCCCUCUUUCAUGCGCUUUCAUCCGCACCUACGAGAAGACAUUCUCGAGUGGGAGUUCUUGACAGGAAAGUACAUAUAUUCUGCAGUUGAUGGACAACCUCCCCGCAGAGGUAUGGAUUUUUCUCAGAGGAUUGCUUUAGAUGACAUUAUCAUGCAGGUUAUGGAAAUGAUCAAUGCUAAUGCCAAAACCAGGGGAAGGGUCAUUGACUUUAAGGAGAUCCAGUAUGGUUAUCGAAGAGUUAAUCCUGUAUUUGGAGCAGAAUAUGUCCUCGACCUGCUUCUAUUAUACAAGAAGCACAAGGGUAAGACAAUGACCGUGCCAGUAAGAAGACAUGCAUACUUGCAACAGACAUUCAGUAAAAUCCAGUUUAAAGAGGAAGACGAGUUAGAUGCCAAAGAGCUGGCCACACGAAUUAACCAAGACAAAGGAUCCUUAUCAUUUUUGUCCAAUUCUCUAAAGAUGCUGGUUCCCUUUAAACUUAGCAGUUCAAACAUGGAUUUUAAGGAACCCAAAGAGAAGACGAUCAACAUCUUGGUGCCACUUUCAGGUCGCUAUGAAAUUUUUGUCAGAUUCAUGGCAAACUUUGAAAAAACCUGCCUCAUCCCAAACCAAAAUGUCAAGCUGCUUAUACUGCUUUUCAGCACAGAUAACAAUACUGAAAGGAUGAAACAAAUUGAACUGAUGAGAGAAUAUCACCAUAAGUAUCCCAAGGCUGACCUAGAGCUACGACCAGUGGCGGGGCCAUUUUCCCGAGCUGUAGCUCUUGAAGUUGGUUCUUCUCACUUUUCUAACGAUUCUUUGCUUUUUUACUGCGAUGUUGAUUUGCUGUUUACAUCUGAUUUCCUGAGGAGAUGUCGAGGCAAUGCUGUAUUAGGCAGCCAAGCUUAUUUUCCAAUCAUUUUUAGUCAGUAUGAUCCAAAAGUAGUAUAUCCUGGUAAGGUUCCUAGUGAAAAUCAUUAUGUUUUCACUCCUAAAACUGGACAGUGGAGAUACUUUGGAUUUGGAAUCACCUGUGUUUACAAACAGGACAUGAUUCGAGCUGGAGGAUUUGACGUUUCAAUAAAAGGAUGGGGCUUAGAAGAUGUGGACCUUUACAACAAAUUUGUUCAGCUUGGCAUAACGCCAUUUAGGAGCACUGACAUUGGUAUUGUACAUGUUCACCAUCCUGUCUUAUGUGACCCUAAUCUUGAUCCAAAACAGUACAAAAUGUGCUUGGGAUCAAAAGCAUCAUCAUAUGGCUCAACACAGCAGCUGGCUGAACUGUGGCUUGAAAAGAACGAUCCAAACUUUCACAAGAUUAGCAAUAAUAGUAGUAGUAAUAAUAAUAAUAAUAAUGGAUCAUCAAGAACAGCAUAAAUCAAUUUGACGGGACCAGAGCGAUCUGUUUUUUAAAAUGUGACUUUUUUUUUUAACUACCUAAUUUAUUUUUUACAUUUUGUUUUAAAACAGAACACGGGAGGAUAUAUUUUGAAGUAAUUUUUCUAACGAUAAAAAGAACACUUUUCAAUAGAAAUGAAUAAAUAUACUGUAUAUCUUGUCACUGAGCCUAAACCAUGUACAAUUCUGAUCAAAUUUGAAAUCGUGGAAUGUAGUCCAUGAGCAAAUAAUCACAAUGAAAUAAAUGUCUAUGUUUAUCUUAAUUCAUCUGAUGGAUCCUGUGCAUCUGAUUUGUCAUGUAAAGUGACAAGGAGCUUGUGCUUCAGUCCAGAAGUAUUCUGUGAGCAUAUCUGAUGUUAUCUUGAUGAGAGUCAUUUUUUUUUUUCCUUCAUGUUGUUUUUUUUUUUUUUUUGGAAGCUUUAGUGUACACAUGUGUUAGCACAUGGGUGGUUUGUUUAGCAUAUUUAAAUUGGGAGCUGGUUUAUCUUGAACUUCAGAAAAUGGUAUGGGGAUUAAAAUUUGUAGUCAUGUCUAAUGUUCUCAGAAA